AUGAUUCUUUCAAACAACAAUUUGAUUCAAGUGGAACAAAUGAUUCUCACAACUUGAGCCCUUCUUGUGUUGUACCUUAGCAAGUUACCGCAAAGGAAUUGGACUAUGAGUUCAUUUGUCUUUUCCUUUCAAGCCCCAGACUUGAUCUGUAUAGAUUAAUUGACUUAAGGUGUGAAGAAAUGCUUACAGGCAACCUGAGACUUAAUUGCAUAGCUUUAGGAACAGAUGGGAUCUUGUCUGAAGCUAGAUGGCUUCUUGAUCUUGGGCGUAGUCCAAAUUCAAACUCAGCAACUCGAGCAAUUGGUUUACAGACAUGUAUGUCUUUGUUAACCGUAUUGCUUUUCCUCUUCAUUAUGUAUCAAUCUCCAGGAUAUGCAAACGAUGGCUAACUUCGAAAUUCAUUUCUUGAUCCCCCAGAAUGCUUAUUUUUGUGAAGUGCUUCAGUUUCUUUGUUCGAGUCAAUUCCCUUAAAAAGUCUUGAUGUUAGUUCGGAUGUGUCAACUGAAGAACAAAAUAUUUGCUGUUGGGAGAACCUUCUCAUCGUGCUCGUAGAAGUAGAAUCAAAAGGGUGCGAGAAGGCUUUGAGAAUUCCCUUGAGGGAAGGAUUGAACUUAUUGACAGUUAUGCAAGAAGCUCUUCAAUGAUUGAAAUUGAGGUGGAAAUGGACUCUGAUGUCCUUGCUGCUGAAUCAGCAAGAACUGCAGAAACCAUGUCAGAACAGAUACAACAAAUCAUGGAACUGGAGAAUCUUGAAGAGGCAUAUCCCACAACGUUAUAACAAAUCCCUAAUCCCACAACGUUACGGCCCCUUCUCUUGUAAAGAGAUUGCAAAUCGACAGAUUUGGGGGGUGGUUGAAAAGGCAUUCCAAAUCGGUCGAUCUCCCUCCCCUUCUGCAUCUUUGAAAUCCAAAGAUCCGAACAGGAGGAAGGACAACCUCCCCUCACUCCCCCUCCCUUAUUAUCUUCCCCAUCCCCUCUCCUCCCUUUCUGUCCUACACCUCCAAUCCAAACAGUAUGUAAGAAAAUCGAUUGGAAUCUCAUGGAGAACAAGAACCAAAUUAUAGUCGCAACCGUCGAUGAGAUGUGAAGGGAUCGGAAUUUGGUCAAGUCUGAGGUAUCUCACCUUUUUAAUGUCAAUUUAAGCAAUAUAUUCUCUGCUUCUCUAAAUUUUUUACUCUUAUUUGUAUGCUUUUAAGUAUUCCAUCUUCUAAGUUGUAGCUUGAUCCUAGUUUCCUCAGAAUUCUAUACAAGACAGUUAUAAAUUUCGAUUUAUACACAAGAGCUGGUAUGAAUUUUUAUUUUAUGGAUUUUUAUUGAUACUAGUUUCCUCUUUGUCUGACGUAUUUCUGGUAUAUUAUUGAGGGACAGGCUUUUAUUUUUUAUUUUUUAAUUUUCUUUUUCUUGUUCGAGAUUAUUUGUAGACUUGGUUUUUGUAAGUGCUUUGUUUACUUGUAGACAUGGGGGCAUAGAAGGCUCUAGCAGAAUUGAAGCAUCAGACAAUGCUUUAGUUAAUGCUUUAGUUUAGCAAUUUAAUUUUCUCACUUAGAAAAAGAUAUUUUCUAUUGGAGCUCACUGAUUGAUUUUACUGUUUUUGUUUUCUGGUGUAUUGUACAUAAAGUUUGAACAAUGUA